AUGGAGUACAGAUCUGUAGACUCGGUGGUACAAACAGAUGACGCUGUCAAUUACCCCGUGGAGUUCCUAAAUAGUUUGAACCCUCCUGGUUUACCCACUCACAAGCUUCGACUUAAAGUGGGGGCUCCAGUGAUGUUGCUGCGAAACCUCAAUCCACCAAAACUUUGUAAUGGAACCAGGUUGCGAGUAAAGGCACUCUAUAGGAAUGUUAUCGAGGCCACAGUGUUCACCGGCUGUGCUCGGGGAGAUACAGUGUUUAUACCACGCAUACCACUCAUACCAUCAGAGUACCCUUUCGAGUUUAAAAGGCUGCAAUUUCUUAUCAAGGUUUGUUUUGCGAUGACCAUUAAUAAGUCACAGGGACAGUCGCUGAAAGUAGCAGGGAUUGAUUUAAGUGAGGACUGUUUCUCACAUGGGCAGUUUUACGUGGCCUGCUCAAGGGUAAGCUCACCUAGCAGUCUGGUGAUUCUAGCACCUGAGGGGAAAACUACUAAUGUGGUCUAUAAAGAGGUCCUUAAGUAG